AUGUUGAGUACAAAGACAUCUCCAUUCUUCCCAGGAUACGAUUUUCGUUCAGCUACGGGAACAAAUAACAAACCAAAAAAUCAGACGCUUACAGUCGUUCACGGCCUUAUGAAAACAACAAUGCCAGAUCCAAAUAUUCUUGAUAUUCAAAUAGAAGAAACCAAAAAGAAGCUUGCAGCUCUUCAGGGUCAACAACCAGAUGCAACACAACGCACAUCUUUUGUUCCAGAUCUUCAACCAAACGAACCACAGGAAGCAUAUACACUUCGUUUUUACGGUUACUUCCAGCAAAGUCUCACAGAAUCACCAGGCGAAACAUAUCGUAUUAGAUACGUCAAUAUCUAUGUAUAUACAGAAGAUGAUACAGUCAUGAUUGAAGAGCAAAAAUCAAGAAACUCAGGUAUGACACAAGGCGUUCUUCUUCGCAGAAUGCGUGUUCAGAAUCCAAAUGCAGAACCUUAUGGCUCAACAUAUAUUGUCCAAGACUUCCAAAUUGGCGUCAAUAUUGAUAUUUCCGGAAUUGUUUAUCAUAUUUACGAUUGUGAUCAAUUCACACGUCAAUACAUGGAGUCCAUUGGCAUCCAGCUUGCUGAUUCAGAACAAGCUCCAGAAGAUCUCUACACAAUCAAAAGAAAACUUACAGAGAGACCAAUUCGUGUUUCUCAUUGCAACCCAGAUCCAACAAAUCUUGCAAACUUCCUCAAGUACGAUGGCAAAGUCCUCCGUUUCUACGCUGUUUGGGAUGAUUCAAAGAAUCUUUUCGGCGAAAAGCGCAAAUUCGUUAUCAUCUACUUCCUUGUUGAUGGCCGUAUCGAAAUCAGACAAGUCAACGAGCCUUCUUCAGGUAGAGAUCCAGUUGCAAGAUUCCUUGCUAAAACAGUCCUUAAGAACCCACGUACAGGCCAGCCAUAUUCAGAUCAAGACCUCAUGGUUGGAGAAACAGUCACAGCUUUCGGCAGAAACUUCUUAAUUUACGAUGCAGAUGAAUUUACCAAACAAUUCCUCGACGACAAGUACGGUAUCCACGACUGGACACCAAUCAAGCAGAAAGAUCCACUCGAUGUUUCUCUUGCUACAUCCGAAGCUCCUCCAUAUAACGGAUGGGGCGACGAAGAGGACUCUCUUGGCUACUGCCACUCAUUACAUCCAAAGCCACCACGCAAGAACAUUGUCAAGCUGCUCAACAACGAUGGCAAGGUUCUCCGCUUCAAGGCCGAAUUCAAGAAUCCAAAUCCAGUUGACGAUGGCCGUAUUUUCGUCAUCGCAUUCUACACAGCAGACGACAAACUCGCGAUCUUCGAGUCCCCACGUCGCAACUCCGGUUUCCAGGGCGGCAAAUUCAUCCAGAAGGGAACUUACAAGAAUAUGCUCGCUGGUCGUAACUUUAUUGCCCAAGAUUUCUAUGUCGGAGCUGAAAUCAUGGUCAAUUCAUACAGAUUCAUCCUUACAGAUGCUGAUGAAUACGCUUACAACCAGAUGGAAGCUGAGCCUGAAGAAUAUCCUGUUGCAGAUUUGAGCGCAAUUAUUGAAAAUCUCAGAAAGAACACAGAAGGAAUCGAAAAACUAAGAAAGGAAAUGGAAGCCCAGGAUCCAGAACUCAAAGGACUUAUUCCUAAGGACGAUGCACAGAAAUUGAUGGUUAGAGUCUUGAGAUUGCAAUACCACCAGGCAAUUACAAUAGCAAGAAGAUAUUCUGAUGAUAAGAAUAUGUUUAACUACUUCGAUUUCGUUGGCGUCUUCACAAAAUAA